CCCCGUCAUCCUCCCCUCCGCCCCCUAGCUAUGUCAGGCAACAAUCUCGAUCGUGCGAUUGAACUUGUUCAACGCGCUAUCGAGGAAGACACCAAACAGAACUACGCAGAAGCGUAUAAACAGUAUCAGAAUGCCCUUGACUACUUCAUGCUUGCUCUCAAAUACGAGAGGAAUGACAAGUCGAAAGCACUGAUUCGGACCAAGAUCAGCGAGUAUCUCGCGCGAGCAGAAACACUCAAGGAGCACCUUCAGGCGGCGACAGAGAAACGCUCUAAGCGUGCGAUGGGUGCUGAUGGUGUCGCAAACGGUGGCACAGGGGGAGGAGGAAAGAAGAAAGACGAUGAAGACGGAGACGUGGACCCAGAAAUAAAGAAACUGCGAGCAGGACUUGCUGGUGCUAUCAUCGUCGACAAGCCAAAUGUUCGUUGGGAUGACGUCGCUGGGCUCGAGGCCGCGAAGGAAUCCCUGAAGGAGGCCGUCAUUCUACCUAUCAAAUUCCCUCAUCUCUUCACCGGAAAACGAACGCCUUGGCGAGGCAUAUUGCUAUAUGGACCUCCGGGGACAGGAAAGAGUUAUUUGGCGAAGGCAGUCGCGACCGAGGCGAAGAGCACGUUCUUCAGUGUCAGUUCGAGUGAUUUGGUCAGUAAGUGGCAAGGUGACUCCGAACGGCUGGUCAAGCAGCUGUUCCAAAUGGCACGAGAAUCAAAGCCAGCUAUCAUCUUCAUCGACGAGGUCGACUCUCUCGCAGGGACGCGUAACGAAGGAGAAUCAGAGGGUUCAAGACGAAUCAAGACGGAGUUCUUGGUGCAGAUGAAUGGCGUGGGCCACGAUGACACGGGUGUUCUUGUUCUCGGUGCCACGAACAUUCCAUGGCAACUGGAUCCCGCCAUCAAGCGUCGGUUUGAGAAGCGAAUUUACAUCCCACUUCCAGGUAUCGAGGCCCGGAAGAACAUGUUCAAGAUACACGUCGGUACCACACCUUGCGAACUCUCAGAGAAGGAUUAUCGCACUCUGGCGGCAAAUUCAGAAGGAUAUUCCGGCUCAGAUAUCGCCGUCGUCGUCCGUGAUGCCCUCAUGCAACCCGUCCGCAAAGUCCUUUCCGCCACACACUUCAAGCCGGUACCUUCAGAAAAGGAUCCAAAUUUGACACAGUGGACUCCAUGCUCUCCCGGCGAUCCGGACGCGGUGGAGAAGAGCUGGACCGAAGUCGAGAGCGAAGAGUUGCAGGAACCACCACUGCGGUUUGCAGACUUCGUGAAGUCACUGGAUAGCGUGCGUCCGACAGUGAACGAAGAGGAUAUCCGGAAGCACGAUGAAUGGACGAAGGAGAGUGGCGCUGAUGGUGCAUGACAAGCGUUACCACUGCCGUCUUCUCUACCCGAACCUUCCUUUCCACUGUUCCGUGCACCCUCGUCGCUCUAUCAACUAAUUCGACAUCGACCUCUCAAGCGAAUUGCCAUUCUAUCCCGUGGUCAACUCUUGUGCACAGAUCAGUUAUUAUUGGUUCACCCUUUGUCUCAUAUCCACGCGUUGUAUAUCCUUCCAUUUGUGGUCUGUCUGUGUCCAAUUGUAGUGCAAUUUAGCGGUGUAAGUUCCUUAUGAAGUAC